GAGCCGCCCGCCCGCGUCCCGGCGUCCCGGAGCGCCCCUGCCCGCGCGCCCUCGGCCCCGCGCCCCGCCGCGCUCGCCCUCGCCUUCGCCCGGCGCGCCCCGUGGAGCCCGGACCGGGAGCAGCCGCCGGCCCUGCCCGAAGCGGCGCGAUGAAUGAUUUUGGAAUCAAGAACAUGGACCAGGUGGCCCCCGUGUCUAACAGUUACAGAGGGACACUCAAGCGCCAGCCAGCCUUUGACACCUUUGAUGGGUCCCUGUUUGCUGUUUUCCCCUCACUGAGCGAAGAGCAAACACUCCAAGAAGUGCCAACAGGCUUGGAUUCCAUUUCUCAUGACUCAACCAACUGUGAAUUGCCCCUGUUAACUCCGUGCAGCAAGGCUGUGAUGAGCCAAGCCUUGAAAGCGACCUUCAGCGGCUUCAAGAAGGAGCAGCGGCGCCUUGGCAUCCCGAAGAACCCCUGGCUGUGGACUGAGCAACAGGUGUGCCAGUGGCUUCUCUGGGCUACCAGCGAGUUCAGUCUGGUGAAUGUAAAUCUGCAGAGGUUCGGCAUGAAUGGCCAGGUGCUCUGCAACCUGGGCAAGGAGCGCUUUCUGGAGCUGGCACCUGACUUCGUGGGCGACAUUCUCUGGGAGCAUCUGGAGCAGAUGAUCAAAGAAAACCAGGAAAAGACAGAAGAUCAAUAUGAAGAAAAUUCCCACCUCAACUCAGUUCCUCAGUGGAUUAAUAGCAAUUCAUUAGGUUUUGGUGUGGAGCAGGCGCCGUAUGGGGUGCAGACGCAGAGUUACCCCAAAGGCGGUCUCCUGGACAACAUGUGUCCGUCGUCUUCAGCGCCUGGUGUGCUCGGUUCUGAGCAGGACUUUCAGAUGUUCCCCAAGUCUCGGCUCAACGCCAUCAGCAUCAAUUACUGCUCCGUCACUCAGGACUUCCCAGGCAGCAGCCUGAAUCUGCUCACUGGCGGGUCUGGGAAGCCCAGAGACCACGAGUCCUCCGAGAAUGGGGCUGACAGCUUUGAGAGCUCGGACUCUCUGCUCCAGUCCUGGAACAGCCAGUCAUCACUGCUGGAUGUCCAGCGAGUGCCUUCCUUCGACAGCUUCGAAGACGACUGCAGCCAGUCCCUUUGCCUCAAUAAGACGGCCAGGUCUUUCAAGGAUUACAUCCAAGAGAGGAGUGACCCCGUGGAGCAAGGCAAACCAGUUAUACCUGCAGCCGUGCUGGCUGGCUUCACUGGCAGUGGACCUAUCCAGCUUUGGCAGUUUCUCCUGGAAUUGCUCUCUGACAAAUCUUGCCAAUCGUUCAUCAGCUGGACCGGGGACGGAUGGGAGUUCAAGCUCGCUGACCCCGAUGAGGUGGCCCGCCGGUGGGGAAAGAGGAAAAACAAGCCCAAGAUGAACUACGAGAAGCUGAGCCGGGGUUUGCGCUAUUACUAUGACAAGAACAUUAUCCACAAGACAUCGGGGAAGCGCUAUGUGUACCGCUUCGUGUGCGACCUCCAGAACUUGCUGGGGUACACGCCCGAGGAGCUGCACGCCAUCCUGGGCGUCCAGCCGGACACGGAGGACUGAGGCCAUGGGGGGCUGUGAGUGGGGCCGUCCUGACCGGCUGCUCCCAGGACCCUGAGAGGCGGGAUUGACCACGUCCAGGAAAGUCCCCAAGAAGCAGUGGCCUUAUUUCAUCCGAAACUGCGAUUCUUCACCCAAAGCAGCACGGUCGCUCGCUUCUCGAGCCUGCUGGCGGGAAAACGCUAUUGAUGAUGCUAUUUCAUUAAAAUGGCCGAGAAGGAAGCGCCUGGAGGCCGUCCUGGCUCCAGCGGGCUGUGUGACAGGAUGGUUCAGGCUGUUGGAUAUUCUCCAGGGAGUGAGCAUGUCGCGGACACGCACGUGUUUUAUUUUCUUUUGCCUUUUGCAACCAGGAAUCGCAAACGCAAAAGCGGUCUCUUUGUUUCAGAAGGGUAGGAGGGGGCAAGGAAACAAUCAUGCCGUUUCAGAAGUUAGUUUGUAUAUAUGAUUGUAAUCUUAUAACUGUUAUCAAAAUCCUCUAACAGUCCUAUUUAACAGAAAUUGUAUAUUGUAAUUUAAAUAAUUAUAUAACUGUAUGUGAAAUAAGAAUGCAGACAGCCAAUGUUUAUUCCAUUUUUCCAGGAGCACAGACAGCAUUUUGCAAACAUUUAAUCUGCCAAGGGCAGGCUAAGAGAAGUUGUAAAAUGUGUGUUAUUUCCAUUUAAUAUGCCGACAGGAAUAAGGUCGAAGAGGGUUAAUCCCUGUUUUUGUUGUUUUGUUUUGUUUUGUUUUGCCUGGGUUAUUAUCUGGCAAGGACUUUGUACAUUUGGGUAUUUUUAUAAGAAACUUAAUGUUAUUAUCUGGGGGCACAAUGGCCUCUCUGUUUUCUCCUUUGAUUGUAAUGUAAAAGCUAUAAAGCAGUAUUUUUCUUGACAAA